GUGAAAAUUCAACCUCCUGUUCCUGCCGCUAUCUACGUAUUGUCAUAUAAUCAACGCCUGGCUCAGCGGUCAACCCAAGGUCGCAUGCCGAGUCCUACAAUCGGAAUGAUAGCUGAAUUAUACGGGAUGUAGUGUAGGCGAAUCGAUUGGUCAUCGGUAUCCGUAUCUCACUCCACUACGGUCUCCUCGCAAGUCCCAACCCCGUUCGCCUCGGAUCUUGCGUGCGAUUAUUAUCUUUCCAGCCCCGCAGUUGCUGUUGCAGACCCGCACAAGUUCCUGACUCUCCUGAUGCGCAUCUUACUGGGGGAGGUAGUCAUAAGGAAUACCGUAUAUGCCUUCCAGUGGAAGAAGCGGUUCCCUAGACAAUCCGGCUGAGCUUGACCGUCAGUCGUUCCCACUACAAUCCCUGAAGCCCAGUCCCGCAACUGGGAAGGGCCCUACGUCACCGCGUGUGUCAGGGGUUUCUGCGAGGCCCCCCCAAACCCACGGCAACAAGACAUUGCCGGACGAGCCUAGACAGGCCGGCACCCAUGGCAGCGGAUCCGAGCCAAGAGUGGCCACGGCGGACGAGAGCGCCAGCGACGGUCCCAUCGACUCCGCAUCCGAGCCCAUGACCAAGCAUUCAGCCUCAUUCCACCGCGGAGCGGCGUCUAGCAGCCCCGGUUACGAUUCGAUCACCCCGCGGCAGUCCGAUGACAACGAGGAGGAGGGCACAACCCCGCUAGUCCGGCCUCGGGAAACUUCCGACUCAAGCGGACCCUCGGGCUUCGCUGUGAGACGCCGGCGCGAUGGAUCUCAGCCGAGCUCGCCGUCCUUCAGACAAUCAGCCCGCCGGUCCAAGGAGCUGGGCAGCUCCACCACCAUCAGUGGACUAGAGAGUCGGUUUGGGGCCACUGAAACGGCGCUGCUAGACGACUUCGGUGACAUCCCAGGUCAGGCCGAGGAUGGAGACGAUGAUGACGCAAGAUCGAUCGUCUUGGACUCGGAUAUUGACGAUGACGACCCGCCGGACAAUUCCCCCUACCCUCAGGUCCGAGCCUCGGUCUCGCCGACCGAUGAUACCAGCCUGUCCAUAAACACACCCAGGAUGUGGACCUUGUCCAUACUCUUUUCGGUGCUCGGCUCCUCGACGAACCUGUUUUUCUCCCUGAGAUACCCGAGCGUCGCAAUCACGCCUGUCAUAGCAUUGUUGAUGGUGCACCCCCUUGGUCUUCUGUGGGACUACUUGUUGAAACGGCCGGACGAUCCGUCGGAAGAGUUUGUCGACGGGGUCCGGAGCGACACGCCCUCGCCUGGCCACACGUCGUCCGUCAUUUCCUGGGAUCGCAGGAGCACGUUACACCGGGUGCGGCUGUGGCUUGCCCAGGGCCGCUGGAACGAGAAGGAGCAUAGCUGCGUUUACGUCAGCAGCAAUGUGUCGUUUGGGUUCGCCUUUGCGACCGAUGUCAUCGUCGAGCAAACGCAGUUCUACAAGCAGGACGCCAGCAUCGUAUACCAGCUCCUGCUUACGUUGUCGACCCAGAUUCUGGGCUACACCUUCGCGGGGCUCACCCGCCGCUUUUUGGUGCGGCCGAGCGGCAUGAUUUGGCCUGGCACCCUCAUGUCGGCGGCCAUGUUCACGACGCUGCACAAGGAGGAGAACAAGAAGGCCAACGGCUGGCGGAUUAGCAGGUGGAACUUUUUCUACGCCGUCUGGCUGGGUGCCUUCCUCUUCUAUUUCCUGCCUGGCCUGCUGAUGCCGGCGCUGAGCUACUUCAACGUUGUCACUUGGUUUGCACCUGACAAUGUUGUCAUUGCUAAUCUGUUCGGCGUCGUCUCCGGGCUGGGGUUGUUUCCCAUGACGUUCGAUUGGGCGCAGGUCGCCUACAUUGGGUCGCCGCUGCUCACGCCCUUCUGGGCUGCCAUGAAUGUGGUUGGCGGUCUUGUCGUGGUUAUGUGGAUCAUCGCCCCUAUCGCGUACUACAGCAACUGGCUGUACUCGUCGUACAUGCCCAUUCUCUCGGCGGCAGUUUUUGACAACACCGGCAACGUGUACAAUGUCACUAGAGUGCUGACCAAGGACUUCUUAUUUGACCGAGAGGCCUACUUUAAGUACAGCCGGGUAUUCCUGCCGGUCACAUACGUUCUCAGCUACGGGGUGCAGUUUGCCGGGCUGGCGGCCCUCAUCACACACACCAUCUGCUGGCAUGGGAAGGACAUAUGGACGCAGUGGAAGCGGUCGCUAGACGAGACGGUUGGGGAGCCAAAGGGCGAUUACCAGCCAGUAUCUGGGCUCAAUGACAGGCCAUCAUCGUCAUCAAAUGGCCGGGUCCGGCCGGGGGUAAGGCGGUCGCUGAGCGUCGAUAACCUCAUGAGCCGAGAAGACGUCCACAACCGUCUGAUGCGGAGAUAUGAGGAUGCACCCAUUCUGUGGUACCUGCUGACAUUUGUGUCCAUGACCGCCAUUGGCAUUUUUACCGUCGAAUAUUACCCGAUCCAUCUCCCCUGGUACGGCCUCCUCCUGGCGCUGGCCAUCUGCGGCGUCCUCUUCAUCCCAAUCGGCAUCAUCAUGGCCGUCACCAACCAGCAUAGCUCCAUCUAUCUCAUCUGCCAGCUCCUCGCUGGCAUCAUCUUCCCGGGCAGGCCCGUCGCCAACAUGGUGUUCGUCACAUACGGCUACAUCUCGUCGGCGCAGGGCAUCAAGUUCGCCGCGGACCUCAAGCUGGGCCACUACAUGAAAAUCCCGCCCCGCAUUCUCUUCAUGGUUCAGAUUGUUGCCACCGUGGUCUCCUCCGUCACGCAAAUCACCGUGCUCAACUGGAUGUUUGCCAGCAUCCCCGGCCUGUGCACUCCGCAGGCCCUCAACGGAUUCACAUGUCCUAUCUCUCGUGUGCAUUUCAAUGGCUCAAUUUUAUGGGGCGUCGUUGGCCCCAACGAGUUCUUUGGCCCAAACGCGACCUAUCGCCCGCUGAUAUGGGCGUUUGCCGUCGGCGCCGUGCUCCCGAUUCCGCUGUGGGCGUAUGCGCGGAACAGGCGGGAUAGCAUCCUUCGCAAGGUUAACCUACCUGUGUUGUUUGGCUCGCUCGGCUGGAUCCCGCCGGCCACGGGGCUCAACUUCUCUGUCUGGGCCGUCGUCUGCUACCUCUUCAACUACCUGGUCAAGAAGCGAGCGCCCGACUGGUGGGCCAAGUACACUAUGACCAUGAGCGCCGCCCUGGACUCUGGGCUGGCCUUUGGCAUCGUCGUCGUCUUCUUUGGCUUUGUCUACCCUGGCUGGAUGAGCGGUUUCCACUGGUGGGGCACCGAAGUGUACAAGGCCGGCUGCGACUGGCAGGCUUGUGCGUACAGGAGCGUGCCCGAGGGAGGACGGUUUGGGCCGGAGGUAUGGUGACCAGGGGUGGUUGUGUGAAAGUGGUGGUUCACUUGUAUGUAUAUAUAGACUGGGCUGUUGUUUGUCACGUAUAUAUCGAGCGGCGAAUAAAAGUUACGGUAGCGGCUUGGAGGUUUUUGUCAGAAUUGUGACGGUAGAAUGGGCUGUCUACGCAAGAUAUCAUCGAUACGAAGGUACUUGACGGCCGUUCUUGGCAUUGCGACUUGCAAUUUUAGGCUCUCUAUCGUUGCAUCAACUUGGAGGCUCACUGGAGUUGCAUUCUUGAGGUCAAUACCGUAUAAACUCGCC